CAUCCUCCGCUCCGCAAACAUGGAUACCCCAAAUCAAAUGCCCGUUGAGCUAGAAAGCUGUAUCAUACAUUAACCCGAACGCAUCGAAUCAAAAAAACAUCAACAAAAUGAGGCCCACGCAGCACUCCGUCAUAAACUCCUUGGGGAAGAAGAUUUCAAACCAAACUAUCAUCGAUUCGCACUCCAACAAACAUAACUUCAUGGAUAUGGAGCAAGAGGAAAAGCAGCCGGAGCAUAUGUACAUGGCCACCCAGACCGUGGAGGACAUUCUUAAUGAGGUCCUGUGCAUGCAGAACUUCCAGCAAAAGCAGUCGGACAGCGACCUAGAUCAGUUCUGCCACUCGGAGAGGUCCAGGGAUCGGAAGCCGGGCGAUGAUUUGGACAUGGACCCGCGACUGCGCAGCUGGAACCGCGUGCUGCAGGAGCGUAGGCGACUGCAGGAUCGGAUCGCGCGGCAGACGGGUAAGCGGGCCGAGGACGUGCUCUUUAACCGCUCGGCGACCAUCGACGAGGCCAACAAGCGGAUGAUCCUGCGCGUCCUUGACACCGCAGACCGGUCGCGACCUCUUGCUCGCCUCAAGGACAAUGUGACCUUGAACUCGCUGAAGCCGCGCUGCGAUCCCCAUCUCUGCCGCGAGAUUAAGGAGCUGUACGCCGCGAAGCCGCAGUUGCAGGAAGUGGAGUUCGUCGGCCUGCCGCAGGUCACCCAAAAGGAGCUGGCUGCCACCCGCCUGCAUUCCCACGAGAUCGAGAGCCAGUGGCAGCGCUCCCAGGUCUUGGGCGAACGACUUGAGGACAAGAAGCACUCUAUUCGACAGGUGCUUGACUUUGCGCCCGAUCUUAAUGGGCUGCAGGUCACGCCGACACUUGUGGGCUCGUCCACUAAGAAUCUGCCGAUCAUCAAAAUCGACGAAACUUCCCUGUCUAUUAUCUCCGGGAACUCCACUCCGGUAGAGGAGGAGGAUUCGGAGUCCGAUCUGCUGUCCAUAGAGGGGGAGGUGAGCGACAGCUUUCAGGAGGCGGUACUCGAGGAUAUCACAAAGGGAAUUGUCGAGAGUCAGGACCUGGAUGACGUGAAGGACAUACAAGGUCUGAUGAUCAACGGGGUGCUCCUUGAUUACCGCAAUCCUGUCGGCGCCAUAAGCAAGAGCAUCAAUAUGCUGCUGCAAUGUGAACCAUAUGAGCGCGUGGUGAAGAUACUCUUGGACAUUCAGAAUCUAAGUCCGAAGCUGGUGCAUGUCUAUUGGCAUAACAAGAACCGCUUGCGAUCCGACCGGCUGCCCUUGAACUCCGAGAUGGUCUUCGACCGCAGCGAGUUCAUCCUGGAGCCACAGGGUCGCCGCAUCAUCCGUGUGAUGUUCCAGCCGAAAAAGGUGGGCCUCUUCACGCAGCGAUGGCACGUGAACUUCCAAAAAUCGCCCUUCUGUGGCACCCGCCGCCUGGACGUCGUUCUCCAGGGUCAGUGCACCAUGCCCGUUCCGUUCCAGAGACGUCUCGAGGGUCACCGACAGGUGCCCCUAGAUAAACAGCAGGAAUUGCAGGCCCAGGGCCUUCUCCAAAUGCAGGCCAGCCUGGCUCCCAUUAUCGAGAACCCGCGACCAUUGUGUCCCUACCAAAGACACCUUGACGAGCGCGAGGUCUUUAAUGCCCAGAACUUCUCUUAUCGAUGCCAGCGAUACGAGGAUCUGGAGGCGCUCAAGGACUUAUAUCAACUGGUCAAGAAGCCACGCGAUAGACCCUGGGACUUAAGUAUUGAGACCCUGCGUCACUUUAUUGGCAAGCAGGAGAGUCGCUUCCUGCGCGAGAACCUGCACAACAAACUGGUUGCUUUGCUCCAGCCGAUGAAGUGCAACAGGUGCUCAGCUUAUCCCUUACUGGAACACAAUACGGAGCGGGAUAGAUCCCGCUUCAUCUACGUGCGUGGCACUAUCGCCAGCAAAAUCGACGAAUGGGAGGCAAUGGUUUUUGGACUGGAUGAACAGUUCUUCAAGCUAGAACUCCUCCACUAUCUAGGCGAGAAUUCUUCUCUUCCGGCCGCCGCAGAACUAGGCCAGAAGAACCGCCAGCAGGGUCCAGAUGAAAACGAAGAAAUGCAGAUAGUGGAGAAAGUCUCGAAGAGAGUGAAGGCAAGCAAGUACCUCAAGGACUCCCUCUACAUGCACACCUACAGUCUGCUCUGUGAUGCUGCCGAGGACAUAGUCUCCGUCAUCGAGAGCACCGCUGAUUAGCAUUCACACCACUGAUAUAGCCUUUCGCAGUUUUGGUCAUAUUUUUUUUAAGUGGCAACACCCAAAUGAA